AUGUAUCUCCUCACAUCGUCGAGCAGUCAUAUCUACAUUGUGUCCUUCAUGUAUGUUCUCACAUCGCCGCGCAGUCAUAUCAACAUUGUGUCCUUCAUGUAUGUCAUCACAUCGUCGAGCAGUCAUACCUACGUUGUGUCCUUCAUGUAUGUCCUCACAUCGCCACGCAGUCAUGUCUACAUUGUGUCCUUCAUGUAUGUCCUCACAUCGUCGAGCAGUCAUACCUACAUUGUGUCCUUCAUGUAUGUCCUCACAUCGUCGCCCAGUCAUAUCUACGUUGUGUCCUUCAUGUAUGUCAUCACAUCGCCGCACAGUCAUACCUACGUUGUGUCCUUCAUGUAUGUCCUCACAUCGUCGAGCAGUCAUACCUACAUUGUGUCCUUCAUGUAUGUCCUCACAUCGUCGAGCAGUCAUACCUACGUUGUGUCCUCCAUGUAUGUCCUCACAUCGUCGAGCAUUCAUACCUACGUUGUGUGCUUCAUGUAUGUCAUCACAUCGUCGAGCAGUCAUACCUACAUUGUGUCCUUCAUGUAUGUCCUCACAUCGCCGCGCAGUCAUAUCAACAUUGUGUCCUUCAUGUAUGUCCUCAGAUCGUCGCGCAGUCAUACCUACAUUGUGUCCUUCAUAUAUGUCAUCACAUCGUCGAGCAGUCAUACCUACGUUGUGUCCUUCAUGUAUGUCCUCACAUCGCCACGCAGUCAUGUCUACAUUGUGUCCUUCAUGUAUGUCCUCACAUCGUCGCGCAGUCAUACCUACAUUGUGUCCUUCAUAUAUGUCCUCACAUCGCCGCACAGUCAUAUCAACAUUGUGUCCUUCAUGUAUGUCCUCACAUCGCCACGCAGUCAUGUCUACAUUGUGUCCUUCAUGUAUGUCCUCACAUCGUCGCGCAGUCAUACCUACGUUGUGUCCUUCAUGUAUGUCCUCACAUCGCCGAGCAGUCAUAUCAACAUUGUGUCCUUCAUGUAUGUCCUCACAUCGUCGCCCAGUCAUAUCUACGUUGUGUCCUUCAUGUAUGUCCUCACAUCGUCGAGCAGUCAUAUCUACGUUGUGUCCUUCAUGUAUGUCCUCACAUCGCCGCGCAGUCAUAUCAACAUUGUGUCCUUCAUGUAUGUCCUCACAUCGUCGCGCAGUCAUACCUACAUUGUGUCCUUCAUAUAUGUCAUCACAUCGUCGAGCAGUCAUACCUACGUUGUGUCCUUCAUGUAUGUCCUCACAUCGCCACGCAGUCAUGUCUACGUUGUGUCCUUCAUGUAUGUCCUCACAUCGUCGCGCAGUCAUACCUACAUUGUGUCCUUCAUAUAUGUCCUCACAUCGCCGCACAGUCAUAUCAACAUUGUCUCCUUCAUGUAUAUCCUCACAUCGUCGAGCAGUCAUAUCAACAUUGUGUCCUUCAUGUAUGUCCUCACAUCGCCACGCAGUCAUGUCUACAUUGUGUCCUUCAUGUAUGUCCUCACAUCGUCGCGCAGUCAUACCUACGUUGUGUCCUUCAUGUAUGUCCUCACAUCGCCGCGCAGUCAUAUCAACAUUGUGUCCUUCAUGUAUGUCCUCACAUCGUCGCCCAGUCAUAUCUACGUUGUGUCCUUCAUGUAUGUCCUCACAUCGUCGAGCAGUCAUAUCUACGUUGUGUCCUUCAUGUAUGUCCUCAAAUCGCCGCGCAGUCAUAUCAACAUUGUGUCCUUCAUGUAUGUCCUCACAUCGCCACGCAGUCAUACCUACAUUGUGUCCUUCAUAUAUGUCAUCACAUCGUCGAGCAGUCAUACCUACGUUGUGUCCUUCAUGUAUGUCCUCACAUCGCCACGCAGUCAUGUCUACAUUGUGUCCUUCAUGUAUGUCCUCACAUCGUCGCCCAGUCAUAUCUACGUUGUGUCCUUCAUGUAUGUCCUCACAUCGCCGCACAGUCAUACCUACGUUGUGUCCUUCAUGUAUGUCCUCACAUCGCCGCACAGUCAUACCUACGUUGUGUCCUUCAUGUAUGUCCUCACAUCGCCGCACAGUCAUACCUACGUUGUGUCCUUCAUGUAUGUCAUCACAUCGCCGCACAGUCAUACCUACGUUGUGUCCUUCAUGUAUGUCAUCACAUCGUCGAGCAGUCAUACCUACAUUGUGUCCUUCAUGUAUGUCCUCACAUCGCCGCGCAGUCAUAUCAACAUUGUGUCCUUCAUGUAUGUCCUCAGAUCGUCGCGCAGUCAUACCUACAUUGUGUCCUUCAUAUAUGUCAUCACAUCGUCGCACAGUCAUAUCAACAUUGUGUCCUUCAUGUAUGUCAUCACAUCGUCGAGCAGUCAUACCUUCAUUGUGUCCUUCAUGUAUGUCCUCACAUCGUCGCGCAGUCAUAUCUACAUUGUGUCCUUCAUGUAG